UGAUCUGGACAAGGACGCCUCGUGAUGAAUGAGAGUUAAAUGCGGCCGAGGAGCAACACGCUGCCAGAAAAAAAACAUCACCCGUCCUCGUUUCUAUUUUUACUUCAGUCAAAUUGCUCCGAUUUAAAAAAGGGUCAUUCUUUUAUGUCACCACAGUGGCUGCUUCAACCCUGAGCUGUUAGCAGGCGUUCAGUUUAACAGCACCUGCUGCCGUCACCUCUGUUGACUCUAGCGUCAGUCAGACUCGCGCAGUUAUUGCCGCUCUGCUUCUCUCUGUUGUUCCGACGUCGCGGCCACACGCAGCCGUCAGCCGGUCAGCGACGGCCGAUCCCGGAUCAUGGGUGUGUCUGCCUCCCGGCGCCGCUGUCGUCUGUAAGUUUUGCUUUCGCCCAGGGACGACGUUGGAGUAAAAGUGCUCCAGCCGAGCGUCACGUGCAGGAAGUGAUCAACUUCGCGCGGCAGGAAUAUUUUGUCAGAAACAAAGGAGUGGUUGUCAUUUUAAUCAUAGGCCGAGCUAAAAUAAAUCACGAGAGUCAUGACACGAAACACAUAACAAACACUCCCCCUGACGCCGUCGCGUCGGUACUGAGGCCGUCGCGGUUUCCCGGCGACGCGGUCGGACCGAGCGCAGCGCAAACGCGGAGCGCGCAGCCGCGUGCGCACCUGGCGAGUCCGAGCGGCGCGAGCGUCGGCGAGCCGCACGCAGCCUCUCCACCUGUUCCGACGCGCGUUUCAGCCGGACCGAGCCUUCCGCUGACCGCGUGGAGCGCCGCCCCCGCCCCCGCGGCGUCUCCCGUGGACCGCGCGCUUGUUUUGGAAGGAACCGGCCGCCGCGUUCGGUUUUUUUUUCUGCUUUUAAACGCUCUAAACCGCGGACUUGGAGAAGCCGCCGGAAGAAAGUGCGUGCGCGCUGCCACACGCCGCUCGCAAUGUCCCGGAGCAUCUGCGUGGAAAACUUGAAGGGAUGCUGCAUUGUGACGGGUGCGAAGGUGGAGGCGAGCUGAAACAGAUGGACACAAGCCCAGCAACAGAGCGGAGACCUGCUGUGUUGCUGAAUGGGUGACGCCCUGUGAAGCCCCCCUUUCAUCGCGUGGUGCCGGACAGCAGUGCAGCAGGGAUGUACCAGGAGGUGGCCUUCCUGGCCGGCAGCACGGAGCAGCAGUUCACCACCUUCCACUUCAACCGCGUGGAGAACCCGCGGGAGAUCACGUCCAAGAAGGGCCUGUUCUACAAGCGGGCCCAGGUCCUGGCCCAGCCUCCGGCCCGGCAGCAGGACGGAGACGACGGCGCCGCCAUCAUCAACGUGGGCGGCAUCAAGUACCGCAUCCCCUGGUCGACGCUGGCGGAGUUCCCCCUCACGCGGCUGGGGAAGCUGCGCGGCUGCAGCAACGAGGCCGAGAUCAUGGACGUGUGCGACGACUACGACGGCAGCCGCAACGAGUACUUCUUCGACCGGAGCCCGUCGGCCUUCCGCACCAUCGUCACCUUCCUGGCCGCCGGGAAGCUGCGGCUGCUGAGGGAGAUGUGCGCGCUGUCCUUCCAGGAGGAGCUGCUGUACUGGGGCGUGGAGGAGAACCGCCUGGACUGGUGCUGCCUGCGGAAGCUGCGGCUGCGGCAGGAGGAGCUCAAGGAGCAGCAGCGGCUGGAGGAGGAGGAGGCCGAGCUCGCCUGCCCCCAGUCCUGCGACGACAGCCAGCAGCCGCCCGGGCCCGAGGCCCCGGAGGAGGGCCCCUCGGGGGGCUGCAUGAGGCGCCUCAGGGACAUGGUGGAGAACCCCCACUCCGGCCUCCCGGGGAAGAUCUUCGCCUGUCUGUCAGUGCUGUUUGUAGCCAUCACGGCCGUGACGCUGUGUGUCAGCACCAUGCCAGACCUCAGGGAGGAGGAGGAACGGGGCGAGUGCUCCCAGAGGUGCUACAACAUCUUCGUGCUGGAGACGGUGUGCGUCGCCUGGUUCUCCCUGGAGUUCCUGCUGCGCUUCAUUCAGACUCAGAGCAAGUGCGCGUUCCUGCGCACGCCGCUGAACGUCAUCGACGUGGUGGCCAUCCUCCCCUACUACAUCACCCUCAUCGUGGACUCCCUGUCGGUGGGCGGCAAGCCCGCCGGCUCGGGGAACAACUACCUGGAGAAGGUGGGGCUGGUGCUGCGGGUGCUGCGCGCCCUCCGCAUCUUCUACGUGAUGAGGCUGGCGCGGCACUCGCUGGGGCUGCAGACGCUGGGCCUGACGGUGAAGCGGUGCACGCGGGAGUUCGGCCUGCUGCUGCUCUUCCUGUGCGUGGCCAUGGCCCUGUUCUCGCCCCUGGUGUUCCUGGCCGAGAGCGAAAUGGGAGCCAAGCAGGAGUUCACCAGCAUCCCCGGGAGCUACUGGUGGGCCGUCAUCUCCAUGACGACGGUGGGCUACGGGGACAUGGUGCCCCGGAGCAUCCCGGGCCAGGUGGUGGCGCUCAGCAGCAUCCUCAGCGGCAUCCUCCUCAUGGCGUUCCCCGUCACCUCCAUCUUCCACACGUUCUCCCGCUCCUACGUGGAGCUGAAGGAGGAGCAGAACCGGGCGCUGAGGCAGAAGCCGGACUCUCAGGACAGCACCAAGUCCCAGAACAGCGAGGACUCGCAGGAGACGGACAGCUACCACGGCGUGGCGGACGUGGCCGCCUCGGCCGUGCAGCGGAGGAAGUCCAUUAAGGGCUGCUGAGGUCAGAGGCCGUCACACGGGAGGAGGUGAAACGUUCUCUGCGACGACCUUUUUCACAAAGAUGACUCUAAAAUGUGGCAAAGGAUCCAAUAAUCACCAUUAAGUCAAAUACAUAUUCAAAACGCUGACUGUCACUGACUGCAAUUGAAACGUGGGCUGUUUGCUACCGUUCGCUCUUCAUUGUAGUUCCAUAAUGAAACUUUAUUAAACAAGUGUCAUAUAUGCACACGA